AUGAAGGAAAAAUGCAAGAACGCGGCGAAGACGCGGCGAGAGAAAGAAAACGGAGAGUUUUAUGAGCUGGCGAAGCUGCUGCCUCUGCCUGCGGCCAUCACCUCCCAGCUGGACAAGGCCUCCAUCAUCCGGCUGACCAGCAGCUACCUCAAGAUGAGGGCAGUCUUCCCAGACGGUUUGGGUGAUGGAUGGGUUAAGUCAACAAGGUUCAGUCCUCUGGACAACAUGGCUAAAGAACUGGGUUCUCAUCUUUUACAAACUCUGGACGGCUUUGUGUUUGUAGUUGCCUCUGAUGGCAAAAUCAUGUACAUCUCAGAAACUGCAUCAGUCCACCUUGGCCUGUCCCAGGUAGAGCUGACAGGAAACAGUAUAUUUGAGUACAUCCACCCAUCGGACCAUGAUGAGAUGACAGCAGUGCUGGGUCUUUGCCAACCCCCACGCCAUCACUUCUCUCCAGAGUAUGAAAUAGAGCGCUCCUUCUUCUUGAGGAUGAAGUGUGUCCUUGCUAAACGAAAUGCAGGACUUACAUGUGGGGGAUAUAAGGUCAUCCACUGCAGCGGCUACCUGAAAGUGCGUCAGUACAUGAUGGACAUGGCCCUGUAUGAAUCCUGUUAUCAGACUGUGGGUCUGGUGGCAGUUGGUCACUCCCUGCCUCCCAGUGGUAUCACCGAGAUCAAACUCCACAGCAACAUGUUCAUGUUCCGGGCCAGCCUGGACUUUAAACUAAUUUUCUUGGACACGAGGGUGGCAGAGCUGACAGGCUAUGAACCGCAGGACCUAAUCGAGAAGACUCUCUACCACCACGUCCAUGCCUGUGACAUUUUCCAUCUACGCUAUGCUCACCAUUUAUUACUGGUGAAGGGGCAGGUCACCACUAAGUACUACCGCAUGUUAUCAAAGCGUGGAGGCUGGGUGUGGGUGCAGAGCUAUGCUACCAUUAUCCACAACAGCCGCUCCUCCAGACCUCACUGUAUUGUCAGUGUGAACUACGUUCUGACUGACACUGAGUGCAAGGAGCUGCAGUUAUCUGAAGACCAGAGUCAAGCCACUAAGUCUGGUCUCAGUCUUACUUCCUCUCAAGACCACCGCAAACAACUCAGAAUCAAAGCAGUCAAGAUGAAGACCAAACUCAGAGCAGCUUCCUAUCCUGAGCAGGCCAGUAGCCUCUUCCAGCCAGACCGCUCAAGCUGCUCCCUACAGAGGGGGCUGUUGAAGGAGAGAUACCCCUACCCAGUGACUCCCUGCAGGGAGAAAAGCUCCAACAUGAGACCUCAGGCAGGCCAGGUUUCCUGCAUUCCCACUUACAAUCUGACCCUUCACUACCCGUACAACCAACGGCAUCUGGAUGUUCAGAGCCAGCUGCCUAGCUCAGGUCCCUCCCCUCAGCUGGCUCAGCAGAUCAUUGGCUCCCUGCACAGCAGAAGGCCUGUUGGAUGGAACAUUAGCAGCCCACCAGCACCCAACAAAUACACAGGUACACUCUUUGUCUAA